AUGAAACUCAAUCCAUUCGUUUCUUCCUCGGCUCGCAAGAGCAGGAAGUCUCACUUCCAGGCUCCAUCCCACAUCCGCCGGCGUAUAAUGUCUGCUCCUCUCGCUAAAGACCUGAAGGCCAAGCACGGAGUCCGAUCUGUCCCAAUCAGGUAAGAUAACUUGUUCGAUUUAAAUUCUCUCUUUAGAACCGAUGAUGAAGUCACCGUUACUCGCGGACACUACAAGGGCAACUCUGGUCGUGUGAUCCGCGUCUACAGGAAGAAGUUUGUUAUCCACAUUGACAAGAUCACCCGUGAGAAGGCCAACGGAACGACUGUCCACAUUGGCAUCCACCCUUCAAAGGUGAGGCGUUGUUUAUACGCUAGUGCCACGACAUUGGCAAUCUGAUCGUGAUGUACGGCUGUAAAACGCUGGUUAAUGAUACAGAAAUGGGGAAUUUGGUGGGCGACAUUUUUAAGAUGGAAAAUGUAUUUGGUCUUAUACAUGUCGUCCAUCUGCUCCAAUUUUAUUUUUAAUAUUUGUUUUAUUCAAUCUUUUAAGGUUGUGGUCAACAAGCUGAAAAUGGACAAGGAUCGCAAAGAUCUCUUGGAGCGCAAGGCAGAAGGACGUGCCAGAAUUACCGGCGAACUCAAGGGAAAGCACAGUGAAGAGACUGGAGAACAGUAA